UCAAGUGUGAAACAGGCCCCUGAAGUCUUCACAUGGUUGUUUGAAUUUUAAAUUUAAACCGUAAAGUUGGUAGUUUGGAAACUUUUCAAGUAUCAAACGAUACUAGUAGUAAUUUUUGUACGUUCUUGUUCUUGUCUUCAUCUAUCUCUGUAUAGUCUUCCAGGUCCUCCCUAGUCUCUUCACUCUGCAUUAAUUUAGUCAUAAUACAAUCAAUCGGGUUUGGGUAUCAACAUUCAACAAUCAAAAGUUUAAGACAUUAAGACUGGACGCUGCAGAUUUCCUGUAGAUGUAAGUUGUAGACUGUAAUAUCUUGAAAGCAAACAAACCUAGAUUCAUGUUAUUUGCUUACCUUCUUCUUUCUAAUAAUAUGAGUAUUAAUUGAAUUUGAGGUUACUUAAGCUGAAUCCGUGCAAACAUACUUGGAUGUUUUGUCUGUAUCCUACACUACAGGAUUCUGGAAGUCUGCUAUGAUGGAGUAUGUUACUGAAAACCUGGUUUUAAAAGUAUUACCUGAGCGUAUUCAUUUCGUCUUUGGAAAACACGACUUGAGCUCCAUCAUGAAGAGGAAUGUGAAAGUUUUUAAUAAAUCUCCGGCUCCAAUAAAAAUGAAAAUAUGCCCCAGUCAAACAGAGACUUUCACGUACAAACAUGAAUAUAAGACAAAAGUUGUACCUGGAAUCCCACUGACAGUUACCAUAGAGUUCAAGCCAAUCAAGGAAAUUGAGUACACCGAUUGGCUAAGUAUCAGCUGUCAAGAGGCUGGCGCUAUUUCCUUGCCUGUGAUUGCUGUACCUUAUGUUGGGAAGAUUUCUGCGAUAACUGACGCCUGUUCAGAAAAUGUUUCUUCUCAUAACAAUCGGCUUAGCCAAUGUAUUGUGCUUAACGGCCAAAAGCAGAUAAAGAAGGUCAGUCAUAAGAAACGAUACAGAAAGAUCGUAAGAUUUCGAUUGGACUCCAAAUUUUUCUCACAUAAAUAUCGCAUUGGUAUCAAUUCAAAAACCUCAACAAAAUUCACUCAACAUGAUGUUAACACUGCCUUAAUGAAGAAACCCUCCACUAUCAGUGAUGACCAAGAGCAAUUAGGUCCAGAUGGCUUGUCGCAAAAUGGAUACUUGAAGAGGAAAAAAAUACAUGAAAAAGAGUUUUUUGAUAAAGUUAUAGAAAUUCAACUACAAGAUUCUUCUGUUGAGAGAAAUCCAAAUGUUUUGAGACUUUUCAGUCCUGAAAUUUCAAGUGAAGAAAUUGCCAAAGUAGAAGAAUAUAGGCGAUUGCAGGAGAAGGAAGACAAG